CCGCCAUAUUUCUGUAGCAUUUCCUAGUUUCCUACGGAUUUGGAAUUUUUACAUGAAAUUGCAAGUGCACAGUUUGUGAUCUGCGUAGAUCGCCUGUAGUUAUUUGCACCCUAAUUGUGUUUGCGUUUUGCACUUGAUAACUGUUAUCAGACUUUGUACACCCAGCGGUGAUCUGUUUAAAUCGACGAGGUGUUCGGCCUAAAAACAAAAAUGCCGGUGCGAAAACAAGAUGCCCACAAGGCGCUGGAACUGCUAGAAGAUUAUCACGGGCGACUAACCAAAGCUCAGGACAAACCUCUCAGACUGGCCAUCGAGCGAGUCAUACAGAUCUUCAAGAGUCACCUCUUCCAUGCUUUACUAGAAAUCCAGGAGUUUUACGAGUUGACGCUUCUUGAUGACACAAAGUCUACACAGGAGAAGACACUAGAAACACUGUGGCUGGCUCGCAAGUGGGAACAUGACCCGGCAAUCAGUAACAACCAACCCAAGAAGAUGAACUCCCCGGUUGAAGAUGAGCCCCCACUGCCUCCUCCCCCAGAAGAGACAGUGCGUGUUGUAGAUUCUCAGCGUGGUCCGCCUCCAGAGCCGCCAGUCCCAGUGAUGACGACUCGAACCGUAACACCACACGAGGACGAACUGCCACCACCGAAAACAAAUUCUAAAGUGCCUUCGGAGCCUGAAGGCUCAGAAGCUGAUGAUUUUGAUUUCAUUAAUGAUGAAAAUGCCUACGAAUAUGAAGAAAUCGUAUUGGAAAGGGGAAAUGCAGGACUUGGUUUCAGUAUUGCUGGUGGCUCCGACAACCCACACGUGGGCAAUGUGCCGAGUAUAUUCAUCACGAAGAUCAUUCCAGGGGGCGCCGCUGCGGCAGAUGGACGACUACAGGUUGACGACAUCAUUGUGAGAGUGAACGACGCUGACGUUUCAAAUUGUACACACGCGACUGCGGUGGAGGCAUUGAAACAAGCCAAGCAGAAAGUCAUACUGCAUGUGAAGCGUUUGAAAUGUGAGAAUAGGCUGGAAUUGGAGUUGGUCAAAGGGAACAAAGGUCUGGGGUUCAGCAUCGCUGGAGGGACGGAUAAUGAACACAGAACCGGAGAUGAUGGUAUCUUUGUGACAAAGAUUAUUCCAGGGGGAGCUGCUGAGCAAGAUGGCCGGCUGGAGACUGGUGAUCGACUUAUUGUUGUGAACGAUAUCAGUCUUGAGCAUGUCACUCACGAGCAAGCUGUUGCGGCACUCAAGUCAACGCAGGACGUUGUACGUCUCACUAUCGGCAAGCUGACGCACCGACGCGGCUCCCCGACGCAAGACCAGCAGUCCCUUACAGCUGGACAUUCCACAGAACCUCUGUCUGUAACUAGCGGGACUACGUCGCCGUACCCUCCCCCGGCGACGCCCCCAAUCCAGCCCACUUCCACAACCCUCACCACCUCUUCCACCACCGUGGUCGCGCCCACGCCCAUUCCAUUGUCAGAGAAGGAGCAAUUAGAAGUCAAACCCGAAGAAGAGCCAUCAAGAGAGCCGCGGAAGAUCACACUGAAGAAAGGAUCCACGGGUCUGGGUUUCAACAUCGUGGGAGGGGAGGAUGGCGAGGGUAUCUUCGUGUCGUUCAUCCUGGCGGGAGGACCCGCCGACCUGAGUGGGGAGCUGAGGCGGGGAGACCAGAUCCUCUCCGUGGGGCCGCAAGGGAUGCCUCAAACAGACCUUCUCCGAGCGACACAUGAGGAGGCGGCCGUGGCCUUGAAAGGGGCGGGGGAAACGGUCGAGAUUGUCGCUCAGUAUAAACCAGAAGAAUAUAACCGAUUCGAAGCAAAGAUUCAAGAUCUCCGAGAACAGAUGAUGAACACUAGUACAGGAAGUCUGAGAACAACACAGAAAAAAACUCUCUUUGUCAGAGCCUUGUUUGACUACGACCCGACAAAAGACAGUGGAUUGCCGAGUAAGGGACUGGUGUUCCGUUAUGGGGACAUCCUCCACGUAACGAACGCCAGUGAUGACGAGUGGUGGCAGGCAAGGAGGAUAACUCCGGAAGGUGAUGAGGAGGGAAUGGGAAUUGCCCCAAGUAAAAGAAGAGUGGAAAGAAAAGAAAGAGCCCGAUUGAAAAAUGUUAAAUUUACAGGAAAAAAUAAUGAUCGGCAACAGGCCUCAGCUAACGAUAGGAAAAAGAAGAAUUUCUCAUUUUCUAGAAAAUUUCCAUUUAUGAAGAGUAAAGAUCAAAGUGGCAGUGAAGAUGUCAGUGCUGAUGAACAAGAGUACACAGCACAUGAAGAAGGUGGGCUAGCCAAUGCAAGUGAAAUAGAUAAUAGUUUUCGGGGCGAUGAGCCAAUAUUGUCCUAUGAGGCGGUUGUACAGCAAGAGUGUAAGUUAACAGGCAACAGGGUGAGGUAUACGCGACCUGUGAUAAUCUUGGGCCCACUCAAAGACAGAAUUAACGACGACCUCAUAUCAGAAUUCCCAGACAAGUUCGGCAGCUGUGUGCCACACACAACGCGAGCACGGCGGGACUAUGAGGUGGACGGGCGGGACUACCACUUUGUAGACUCGCGGGAGCAGAUGGAGAAGGACAUCCAGAACCAUCUGUUUAUCGAGGCCGGUGUCUACAACGACAACCUCUACGGUACCAGUGUCGCCUCCGUUAAAGAGGUGGCCGAAAAUAAAAAGCACUGUAUCUUGGAUGUCAGCGGGAAUGCCAUCAAGAGGUUACAGGUUGCCGGUCUCUACCCAAUAGCUAUCUUCAUUAAACCAAAAAACAUCGAGUCAAUUAUGGAAAUGAAUAAAAGAAUAACAGAUGAACAAGCCAGAAAGACGUACGAGAGAGCUUUAAAGUUAGAACAAGAGUUUGGAGAAUACUUUACAGCUGUGGUUCAGGGUGACACUGCAGAUGAAAUCUAUGCAAAAGUCAAAGAAGUUAUUCGUGAUCAGUCAGGUCCCACAAUCUGGGUCCCAGCUAAGGAAAAGCUGUGAGUGGUCUCCCUUUGUGGUUACACGGGAACGUAGUAAAAUCUUCCGAGCAACAACUAGUGAUUGAAAUAAGAAGGUGAAGGUCAUCGUCUGUCACUGACAUCAUCGUUAUCAAAACAGUGUCGAUACAUACAUCUAUAGUACCGAUACAGACUUCUAAAGAACUAAUGCAGACAUCAGUAGUACAGAUCGACCGUAGCAUUAAAUACAUGCUCAAUGUAAAUAUUGAAAAACAUGUAUGACUGUGGUAAUUUAAAAAUUUCAUAAUUAACUGAAAAGGUCUACCUAUUAUAGAAAGAAAUAGAUAUGUGUUAUUGAUAUAAAAAAAAAAUGAUGUUGGUGUAGUUAAAAAUCUCCAGAAUAAUGAUGUCAAAGAAUUGCAUUUCCAUAGUGACAAAAAGGAAGUUAAUAAAUUGGGGCAAAGUGGUGGAGAUAAAAGGAACCAAGCUACAUGUAGGGUAGUAUACGAGGUGAGAAAAUGUUGUAUUAUUACAGAGAAUUUGUCAAAACAUUUCCUGUGACCAGUUUAGUGGUCUUGUGAACAGUGAACAAGUAUUUUCUAAGGAAUAAGUUCUCUGUAGGAAUUGCUGUAAUCAUGAACAGUGAACAAGUAUUUUUUAAGAAAUAAGUUCUCUGUAGGAAUUGAUUUGAAUCAUGAACAGUGAACAAGUAUUUUCUAAGGAAUAAGUUCUCUGUAGGAAUUGCUGUAAUCAUGAACAGUGAACAAGUAUUUUCUAAGAAAUAAGUUCUCUGUAGGAAUUGUUUUGAUUCAUGAACAGUGAACAAGUAUUUUCUAAGGAAUAAGUUCUCUGUAGGAAUUGUAAUCAUGAACAGUGAACAAGUAUUUUCUAAGGAAUAAGUUCUCUGUAGGAAUUGUUUUGAUUCAUGAACAGUGAACAAGUAUUUUCUAAGGAAUAAGUUCUCUGUAGGAAUUGUUGUAAAUCAAAGUCCUAUUCAUAUUCUGAGCACUCUAAAUCUUCGAGUAUUGCUGACUUCGUCGGGCUGACUUUCCAAAGCAUUCUGGGAUACGUCGUCCCAGAAGGACUGUGGUGUAUCUAUGUGUUGAUGGUGCACAUUAUGAUUUUAUCGUUAUUGUCCAUGUGCAGAAAUGUAUUUAACGCUGUAAUAAACAACUAUAUCAAACAAAAA